AUGGCGCUUCUGGCAAGAAACGCAGAGAAGAUCGGGGCGCUUGUUGCAAAGCCCUACUUGACUGCCUGGUAUAACACGGAUGAUCCAAGUGACGGUGUUGACAUUGAAAACCUCGCAUUAGUCCAAGCGGUGGAUUCUAAUGUAUGUGCAUCGCCGACCUUCGUCGAGUGUCGGGUUCGAAUCGCCCUCCUGAAUUCCACGGAUGCAGCCCAAGUCUUAGAUGAGAAUUGCACCAACCCAAAUGCGGGACUCGAGUGUCGGGACUCGUCUCAACCUUCAGGGGUAAAGUGUUACGACUAUGAGAUAAGGUUUACCUGCCCUCCUGAUCCAGGUGCACUUCCUGAACCGAAUCUCCAUUGGGAGCUGAAUGGCCGAACAUCAGCUUCCGGUAAAGCCCCCGGAUGGUGCGACGGACGACCCAAGUUCUACAACACCACAAUCUACAGCAACACCCCGGGUGUAGCGGACGGUGCGGUGAACCCGAAUGAGCAUAGCACGCUUCUGCUAGAGGAGGGUCCGAGUUCCUCCAGACACGCAUGCGCACUACGGAGCGCGGUAACCGGCCAAGCCAAUCUGGGAUAUUUCUCGGACCACUGCAUUAACAAUCUCCAGUGCUGCAACUCCGGCGCUGGUGUUAGAGGAAUUACAGUGAGUGUUUGGAUUAACGACCAUUCAGAGAGCACAGCAAAGUUGCCCUUUAUAGCUACAGGAGCUCAGCAAACACAGACCAUGGGAUUUUCGUUGGACAGUGAGUCUUAUUACAUUAAAAUCGUUUGUUCUGAGGAACUCACACUUCCCGGGUUUAUACUUCUCUUUUCCUUUUUUUGAUAUUGCUGUACUUGUUUAGGGGUUCAAUUCAGGGAAUACUUGCCAAGAAUAUUGUUUUGUUUCCAAUACUUGUUAAGGGCAUGCAGGGUUUCAUCACACACAAAUACUUGUUAAGGGGUACAUUUUCAGAAUAUGGAAAAUACGUUUUUAGGGUGCUUUCGAGACCCCAUGGUCGCGCAUGGUAUCCACUCGUCAAUGGAAGUGCCCCCCCCCCCCCGGGGAAGUGCCAUAAAUGUGGAUGUAGUUUGUAAAUGACCGGGUGGAUGUGGAGAUCAUGAUAGACUCGAAUUUGACCACGAAAUCGUCAGCGAGCGAAACGAACGAACAGGGAUUGUUAAAUGGAUCCGAAUCGGGAAGCAUGACUUAGCUUCCAACCGAAUCGGGCGAGCGCAGCAAAACGAUCAAAUCGGGCAAGCACAAUUCGCCGUGGUCAAAACGGACGAGUGCGAAUCAUCGAGCUGCAACUGCACUACUUCAUCAGUCAAACCAAAGCCGUACGGAGCAAACUGAGCCAUCGAAACAGGCAAGCGAAAGUUGUCGGAUGUAUCGGCCCAAGAUCGACUGUAUAGGGCUAUGCUCAUCAACCUCAUGUAGAUCUAGGCCUACUAGGAGAGUCGUAUGAUUAACAUCACUGAGAUUCUUGCUAGGUUGGUUUUUACGGUUUAUUUCCAAAUCGUCAGAUUGCCAACUCGUCUACUACAAUUUGGUCUAUCAUCAGUUCGUCAACUCACCACAUGGUCUACUUUCAAUUAGUCUAAUGCCAUUUCGUCUAAUAACCAGUUGGUCCAACUAUUAGUCCAUAUAUCAUUUGGUCUAAUAAAACUAACAAUUUUGCAAAAUUAAGAAAAUGGGUAUUGCACCAACUGGUUAUUAGACGAAAUGGUGUUUAGACGAAGUGAUGAUUAGACCAAAUAUCUAUUGGACCAAAUAGUUGUUAGACAAAAUGUUGAUGGACGGAAUGGCAUUAGACUAGAUGAAGGUAGACCAUGUGGUGAGUGGACGAGUUGGCAGUGGAUGAAUUUGCAAUUUACCGGUUUUUACUACCCUCACUUGACUCAAUACAAAUGUAAGAGUGUUCAGACUGAGACAGACCUAGUUCAACUGAAUCUACAAAAUUAGAGGCGGAAUGUUUAGUUUCAAAUUCAGAGGACUUGAUAUCUUCAGACGCAACAUUAACGGAAUUCAAUAGCUCAUUGCAUGCAACCAUAUUAGACUGACUCCCAUCAAAGAAAACACAAGAUCUUGCUCAUAAUCCCCGGGGACUAUGGCGACUAUGGCAAUGGGCUUUAUUACCAAUUCGUCUAAUGCCAAUUUGUCCAAUUGCCGUCUACUCGUCUACUACCAUUUGGUCUAUCAUCAAUUCGUCUACUCACCACUUGGUCUACUUUCAUUUAGUCUAAUGCCAUUCCGUCUAAUAACCAGUUGGUCCAGUAGCCAUUUCGUCCAUAUGCUACCAUUUGGUCGAAUUAAACUAAAGUGUUAAUUGUGCAAAAUGAAUGUAAAGAAAAUGAGCAUUAGACCAAUUGCUUAUCAGACGAAAUGGUAAUAGACGAAAUGGUGAUUAGACGAAGUGAUCAUUUCACCAAAUGUUUAUUGGACCAAAUGGUUGUUAGACGAAAUGUUGAUGGAUGGAAUGGCUUUAGACUAAAUGAAGGUAGACCAUGUGGUGAGUGGACGAAUUGGCAAUUUACCGGCAAUGGGGUCUGGCCUAGACACCACAUGCAGCUAGGAUCAAUAUCACCACCAAGCUCAUAAUGAGUAGACUGAUCUCGAUCUACACGAAUGUUCUCGCACACCAGAGAUUCGCAAAUUUGUUAUAAGAGUCUUAUUGCUCUUUCAAAAAAGCCAUAAGAAAUGAAGACUUAGCUGUAAUAUCAUACAUUGCUCUCAUCCUCAUUCUACACUCAAUCAGGGAAUGUAACCAAAUAUGUUCUUUCUUUCUAUUGCAUUUUUAUCAUUAUGUUCUAUCAUUAAUGAAAUUGUACUUUAAAUUGAGGAAACACUUAUUCAAACCAAACUAGAACGAACUGGUUGCUCGAUCCUCCGACCAAGAAAGCAUAUCGAUGCCGAGCUUAGCGCGGACGCCCGACAUCACUUGAUUUACUAUGAUAGAUGAAAACAGAAUCAUCCCUGAAUGUGAUAGGUCCUUGUGAUCAGAUACCUAGCUGGUCUAACCAAGGACCUACUACAACUCCAUGGUCUAACGGAGAUGUCAUUAGCUUCCAUAAAUGGGGGGGGGGGGGGGGGGCACCAGCAAUGAUUCCAGCAUUCAUGGCUUCAUCCUCAACAACCAAACCAUCAAAUUGUAAUUCUAGGUCAUCACGGAACAGUGAGAAAUAAGUGACGCCAAUCACUUUUGUUGUAUGUUUAGGUACUGUUUCAAGGUAUAUCAUCAUCUCAUUAAUCACUUUCUCCAAUAUCUCUGCCGUUAAUUCGCUGAUUGAAUUCAUACAUGUCAUGUCACACGCACUCCUUAUCUUUACUGUCACUUCUUUCUGUUCAUAAUUGCAACCAUAUCCACCAAUAGCUGGGAAAUAAGGGGAUGUAACUGAGUUACAAUGGUUGGAGUACUGCUCAGGGCUCCCAAAGAAAUUUGAAAACCGAAUUCCAUGACUUUUCUAUGACUAAAUUGCUGAUUUUCAUGACUUCUCGUGGGAUGUCACAAAACUGGGAAAAAUUGAAAAUUAUGAACACAAAUUAUCAUAGCUAAAUGGGUUCCUGUACCGUUUGUCUCUAUCCAGUAGAUGCUGAAUCAGCAAUGUUCACAGCUGUGGAAAGAGCAGAACAGGAAAAGUAGGGUUUAGAAUCCUCUAUCUCCCCCCAAGCCUUUGGCACGAUGAGAAGUGAUGAAAAACGAGUCAGUGGCAAAGAUGAAAUUCCUGUCCAAAAAGCAAUGUCUAUUUUGAAAGGCUCCUCCAAACAGUUAUCUUC